AUGGGUUUGGACGACUUCCCUCGGCCUCCCACGACUCAGCAUCGGGGCAUGACUGCAAGUUCGAGUCAGUCCAACAAUUCCCGUCGUCACGACCGAAACUACUCGCCGCCUUCAACGCCGCCGCCGUCAAAUGGUCGAAAGCAGCAAUCGCAACGCCAGCAAUGGCCUCAAACCCGUGCUCUGAGCACGGGUUACUCGUAUCCGGAGACCUUCUUUGAGGAUACCACCCCAGUUGAGCAACUGGGCCGCCCCAGUGAAUCUGCAGACGAACAAGACCCGCAUGAUCUGGCUUUGUCGCCGAAACAUGUUACGAGGACAUCCGUGGUGGAUAAUAUGCUUCUUUCGCUGGACCAAUUCACUCCGGGUUCGCCUUUAUUCAGCGAUACUCGCUUUUUCAAUGACUCCCCCGAACCGGAUCCAUACAUUUAUAGCAGCAACAAUCAUCGAUUCUCCUUAGCACAACAGCCACGUUUCCGGAGCCAUACAUUGUCUUCAUCCGUUUCUUCCGACAUUGGUCCUGGCCCGUAUGGCGAUGACGAUUACCCGCAGAUACCUCGCUCGAGUGGCCGCAGGAGCAAUGGCAGCACAUCUCACUCAGCCUCACAACGGCGCCAUGACACUGCUCGUAGCAGAGACAGUGCAGGCUCUGCAUAUCCGAGGAAUUACGACUUUGAUGAAGAAAUAGCCACACCACCACACGUCCCAUCAAGAAGGCAUGCGGCACGGCAGGAAAGCAAGGACAGUACGGACAGCGCAGAUUACGAUCACACAUUUGAAGAGCACUACCUAAAUUAUAGCCAUAGACGCUCGAUGAGUCUGGAUUAUGGCUCCCGACCUGCAUAUCUUUCGAACCCUCUGCAGGGUUCAGAACUGGUUCUAGACGAUCUGGAUGCGGCUCCUACGCCGACAGUACCGCCCGGUCCUCGUCGAGACCCCUCAAGUGGACUUCCCGGUAGUCUACCUCCACCUCGGGCUCCGGCUCUGUCGCGAAGGAACAGUAAUCGAUCAGCCAAGAGCACGGCGACAAGAAAGGGUCGCCCAGAUACUCUCGGAACCUCUACCAUCAAGUAUAAUGACGAAACACCACGACCUCCCCUCCCAAGUUCUUUUAUUGAUCCCUCUGCCCCGAGCCCUACCAUAUCAUAUCAGAAACCGCCAAUGUUACCCUUAGCAGAUGCGACACCAGCCAAGGAAAAACAAGGCUUUUUCAGACGAGUAUUUGGGUCAUCCAAAGCCUCUUCCGAACAGUCAACACCCGAACAAUCUAAAUUGCCAACUCCCAAGUCAGAAAGUGCCCCAACUCCUACGCAACCUCGCCAGGAACCCGCACACCCUGUUGUAGCGAAAAAGGCGUCAUCAUUUUUCCGCAGGCGUAAGAAGUCUGUGGUCGACAGUAUCCCGCCGCCUUUGAAUUUGGCGCCCAAUGCUUCAAGGGGUCUGGAUAUGCGUCCAGAGCCUAGCCCAGCAAGUAGUCUUCGCCAAGUCAUGGAUCCUUACCUUUCGUCAAAGAAAGCGGCGAAGAACAAUGCCGAAGAUCGUUCGACGGAGACGCAAGAGCACAAUCCAAGUCAUCUGCAAACUGACCAGUCGUUCCUUGAAGAUACUAUAGCCCGGCCGAAGUUGCGGCAAAUUAGAACUGCGGAUGGCUCGAACAAUGCUCUACCGAUGGCUAAGAAAUCCGAUAAUGAGGCUUCAAGCAGCACUAAGUAUGGCUCCCAACGAGACAGUAGACCUCAAACAAGCCCGGUUGGUCCUCAAGGCAAUGUGACAGGACCUUCUCAGCCUCCUAUGCCAGAAAAGCAGUUACAGGUCAACACAUCCAAAAAUCUCAUACCUCCGUCUGAGAUCCAGAAUAGCAGCUUUUUGCAUUCUGGUACUUCGCCCAAUAACUCUAGUCGUGGCUCCUUGCGACACGAGUCUUCCAUCACGUCGAAUCUUUCCGCCUCCGAUGCGUCUCAGUACCAUACAGCCUCAAAUUCCCCGAGAAUUGACACACCGAUCAUCACGACGACGAAGUCACCGGAGGCAGACAACGAGGAAUCUGAAACUGCGGAUGCAGAGGGAGCAGAGAAUAUGCCCAGUGCCGCAGACCGCGAGAAGGCACGUCAGCUAUUCGACGACCCUGAUGAAGUGGUCGAAAAUGAGCCUGCUGCCUGGCUCGGAGAUCUUGAUCGUGCCAUGAUUCGAAAAGCCUAUAUGGAGUUGUUCAAUUGGACAAAUAUGGAUAUUUUAGCGGCUCUUCGAAGCCUCUGUACUAAGAUGGCGCUGAAAGGAGAGACACAGCAAGUCGAUCGUGUUUUGGAUGCCUUGUCUACCAGAUGGUGUGAAUGCAAUCCGAAUCACGGUUUCAAAGCAGUUGAUGUGGUGCAUACCAUCUGUUACUCGCUACUCCUGCUCAACACCGAUUUGCACAUGGCAGACAUCGACCAGAAAAUGACAAAGAAUCAGUUUGUGCGAAACACCUUGCCCACCAUCAACCGCGUGGCUUCGGAUGCAGCGCCGGAUGGAUUUGACACGAUACGUGCAAGUGGCAACAAAUCGCGAGCUCCUCUAAAUACAGCUGCCAAGUCACCAACACUCCCCCAGGGUGAACUCUCCCUUCCGCCUCCUGAAACAGAGACCAAGGCUAGGAGAAGCUCAAUUCUUAUGGACAAUUCAAGCUCUUACGGACCUUUGAUUUCUACACCUUUCAAGGGUACUAUCAAAGCGUGGGAAGCGCAGGUAGAAAUCGUCUUGAAAGAUUUCUACAAUUCUAUACAGAAGCAGCGUCUGCCAUUGUAUAACGCGCCGGCAGAGUCUGAAGGGCUUGCUCCUCCAACAACCACGACAGGCAAUAUCCUGCGUCGGAGUCCUAGUGUGCUUAGCAAGACUGGAUCCGACAUUAUUCCACGCGGCCGCUCUGCCGAUUCUCGCAUGACGACCGGUCGAUGGUCUUCUAAACCGAGAUCGCGUGCUCGCCUAUAUCCCGCUUCGACUAUGGGAUCGAGCCGCACAAGUCUUGAUGACCAGUCAUCGAUCUGGAGUCCUUCGGCAUCGAGUACCUGGAGCAAAUAUUCGCUUGGCAAAACAAUGACUUCCAUGUCUGUUGACUCCCUUGGCUCGGAAUACCACCGAGGCGGCUAUCAACAGUCAAUUGGUUUUGCAAAUGCGCUAAGCCACGCAAUUAUCAGAGAAGAUACUGCUCACUCAAUAUCCAGCUAUGAAGAUCCAGGCGCUACCAAACCAUUGCUUGAAGAUGAUACGCUUGAGCUUUUGGGCGCUCCAUGGGCCAAGGAGGGUAGUCUGAAGCACAAACAACAUCUAGAAGCUGUUGACAAGAAAGCCAAAGACCGGAACUGGAAUGAAUGCUUUGCUGUUAUUCAACGCGGAUGGUUACGGCUUUUCUCGUUUAGUGCUAACUCAAAGUCUAUGCGUCUGAAGUCCAAACAACGACAAGGUGGUGGUGUAGUUGUCGGAGGUGGCAAUUGGAUGGAGAACGCAGAGGAAGUAUGGAAGUUCCUUCUUCGCCAAACCAUCGCAAGCGCUCUACCACCUCCUGGGUACUCCAAGUCUCGUCCUCAUGUAUGGGCCCUUAGCCUUCCGACAGGCGCCGUGCAUCUCUUCCAAGUCGGUACCGCCGAAAUCGUGCGCGAGUUCGUCACAACGGCCAAUUACUGGAGUGCUCGACUCUCCAAACAACCCUUAGUCGGCGGAAUUAGCAACAUGGAAUACGGCUGGAGUGACGCAGUCAUCAAUAGCGCCUUGGUCAACAUAGACUAUAACCGCUCACCACCCAACUCCUCCGGCACAGGGCCCCAGCCACCACCUCGACCCAGCUUCCAAAGCUCCAUCCGCAGCUCCCUCGACCAACAAGGCGGCGUGCGCGCAAAACUACCCGCUGAUCGCGUCCACCUCAGCGACUGGACCCCACCGCAACAAAGUAUGAACGCCUCCAAUCUCAGCGAAGCAGAUCAACUAUCUGCCUUGCAAACAUACGUGAAAAACGUCGAAGAAGACCUUCAGAAACACAACGAGCUCCGUCCUGCCAUGUUAUUGGCCUUCUCUCCUCGACACCCCAAUGCGGCAAAAGCUAUGUCGAACUGGGAACGGAAAUCGUCGUAUUUGUUGAGAGAGAUUGUCAAAUUCAGGACGUAUAUUGACUGCCUGAUUGCAGCCAAGACGCAAAAGGAGAAAAUUUAUGCAGAGAGGGAGGCGGAAAUCGAUGCUGAUGCUGCUGCUGCUGAAGACGGUGAUGAGGGCGAUGAUACCAUCAUUGCUUAA